GCGUGGCCAGUUAGAAGGCGGGGCUUUGUUAAUAGCCGGAGCGGAGACGGCGAAAGGGCUUUUUCGGUCGGUGGCGGCGGCUCGGCGACGCUCCCCGGGCGGCGGCGCGGGUCAGCGAUGGACGGGCUGGCGGUGGAGGUGCGCGGCUCCAACGGCGCCUUUUACAAGGGGUUUGUGAAAGAUGUACACGAAGACUCCGUCACCAUCGCAUUUGAAAACAACUGGCAACCUGAGAGACAGCUUCCCUUCAACGACGUGCGCUUGCCACCGCCUGCAGAUUUCAACAAAGAGAUCAGUGAAGGAGAUGAGGUUGAGUUCCUUGGAGCAAAAGGAGGUGUCCUAUCAGGUAUAUUCGAGAGCCAAUGAGCAUGAGCCUUGUGGAUGGUGGAUGGCGAGGGUCCGGAUGAUGAAGGGAGAUUUUUACGUCAUAGAAUAUGCUGCCUGUGAUGCCACUUACAAUGAAAUAGUCACAAUGGAGAGGCUUCGUCCUGUCAAUCCCAACAAGACUGCCACCAAGAACCUGUUCUACAAACACACUAUUCCCGUGCCAGAAGACCUUAAAGAAGCCUGUGCAAAUGAGAAUGCCCACAAGGAUUUCAAAAAAGCUGUUGGAGCCCACUCCAUUGUGUACAAUGCCGCCAGCAAUGAGUUGGUCCUGCUGUCCAUAAACGAGUCAACUGUGAAGCGUGCGGGCUUGCUGAGUGACAUGCAUUUCCGCAGUAUUCGUACCAAACUGAUGCUGAUGUCCCGAAAUGAGGAGGCCACUAAACACCUUGAGACCACUAAGCAGCUAGCAGCUGCAUUCCAAGAGGAGUUCAGUGUCCGAGAGGAUCUGAUGGGGCUUGCCAUCGGAACGCAUGGUGCCAACAUUCAGCAGGCCAGGAAGGUUCCUGGGGUCACAGCAAUAGAACUCGACGAAGACACUUGCACGUUCCGAAUAUAUGGAGAGACACCAGAAGCAGUGAAACAGGCUAGAGGCUACCUAGAAUUCUCUGAAAACUCUGUCCAAGUGCCACGCAGCCUGGUUGGCAAAGUUAUCGGCAAGAAUGGGAAAGUGAUUCAGGAGAUUGUGGACAAGUCCGGUGUGGUCAGGGUUCGAAUUGAAGGAGACAAUGAUAAGAAGCUACCCAGGGAGGAGGGGAUGGUUCCAUUCACGUUCGUUGGCACCAAGGAGAAUCUCGUCAAUGCACAAGUGCUCCUGGAAUAUCACCUGUCGUACCUGACGGAGGUGGAACAGCUGCGGUUGGAGAGGCUACAGAUUGACGAGCAGCUCCGACAGAUCGGUGUGGGGUACCGUCCCUUGUCUAGCCGUGCAGACAAGGAGCGUGGCUACGCCACAGAUGACAGCACUGCUUCCUCCAUGCACAGCUCGCGCUCCUACAGUGGCCGGGGACGUGGCCGGCGAGAUAACAACUCCGAUUUCUCCAAUGCUUCUGAGACUGAAUCCGAGCGCAGGGAUGAUCCGAGUGAUUGGUCACUUGGCCAGGCCGAGGAAGAGCGGGAGCGCAGGCAGGGCUCGGAUACCAACCGCAGGAGACCAGCCGGAGGCCGUGGGCGAGGGGGUGCCCCUAACGCAAGAGGUCGCGGUGCAGGACGAGGGGGGACGUCCUCUAUCAGCGCAGUGCUCAAAGACCCAGACAGUAACCCCUACAGCCUGCUGGAGAACGCGGAAACGGAUCAAACGGGGGACACGGAUGCCAGCGAGUCCCAUGCCAACACGAGCAGGCGCCGCCGGUCCCGCAGAAGGCGCACUGACGACGAUGCCACCAUGAUGGACGGUGUAGUGGAGUCUGAUAGUGCGUCCAUCAACGAGAAUGGUGUGGAUGAGAUCGAGGGGAGACUCCCGCGACGUAACAGGAGCCGAAGACGUCGCAACCGUGGUAGCAGACUGGACAGUUCACUGAGCAGAGACAGGCAACCAGUUACAGUGGCCGAUUACAUUUCCCGCGCCGAGUCUCAAAGCCGACAGCGCAUCACGCAAAAGGAGCGAUCAGAGAAAACCCCCCAGCCAGAGCCGGAAGAGAAGCGACCGGAGCGAACGGACCCUAGCGACGAGCCCGACGCUGUGCCCAAUGGCCCUGUCACUAGCCCAAACGGCAGCGCAACCAAGACACCAGGCAGCUCCCAGGAGCACGAGCAAGCUGGCCCCACCAUCAAGCAGCAGGCUGUGGUCAAUGGUGUUUCGUAAAACACCACAGCCUCCACCCGUGAAUCUCAGUCCCGCUUGCAUCAUGUUUAUUCAAUAGUGCUUGUCAAAGCUUGCCAAAGAUAGAAAUUGAAUACUACUUACUACCCGACUCGACACAGCACUGGCCCUCCCCUUAUCUCCGCACCGGCCGGAGGUUUGAGGGGAGGUGUUCUGACGUAUAUGUGUAUCUGUUUUUUGAGAUUUAAUUAAAAAGUUCGAGGAAAUUUAAAAAAACACACACAAAAAAAAACACAUUUAAAUAAAGAUGUUGUGCCUUCUGACAGUGUGAAAGAAAAGUGGGGUUUUGUUUUCCGAAGUUUCGAUGGCAGAGAUCAGUGACUGAUAUAUAUCUUGAGGUUUGGUUAUAGAAGCUGAAGAUGGAUAGAUCAGAAAAAAGUCUGGUAGAGUGGAGAAAAAGGUCAGUUACUUAAAGCUGUUUAAAACAAAAUAAAAAAAACUUUUUUUUAAAAAAAAGCAACAUAGGAAAUGAGUAUGCAACCACUUCUGGUAAGGAGACACUGUAUAAAACGAUGCAGUCUGUAUUACUUGCACUGAUUAGUAAAUCAAAGGAACAACUAAUGUAAACUGCGGGGAAAAUCAAAACAGGAAAAAAAAAAGUGAGUCGGGUCAUUGCUGGUUAGAAAUGUAGGAGAAACACUGGAGACGGUGCGGAGAGAGAGAGGGAGAGAGAGAGGAGUCGUGGACAAGGGCUCCAGGAGCAGCGGCAGAAAGGAGAUUGUCAGGAAGGUCAGAGGUCGGACAAAGCAGCUUCAUUUAAAAGGUUAAUUUAUUUUCACUGUACAGUAUUUAAAAACCAAACUCUCAGCCUAGCUGUUGUUUUCAUCACACUAACCUAAAGCCCAGAGUUCUUUGGUAGGGAUGUAUAACUGAGGCACUGCGGCAGUUUUUGAUACUGUAACCCACUAUGCUGUAGGAGGAAGGAUGGACAGAUGGUGUGUGUGAUCAUGAGAUAUCAUAAGCAGCAAAAAGAAGCUCCUAAUCUUAACUAUUCUUUGUUUUCCUUUCAAAUUACUUCAUGACCCUACUUACAAAAGACCCAAGGACGGAGGCACUUGGCUCUGGUAUUGUGACAUGGGACACCACAGAUCCAGCAUCAGUAGCCACUUGGCUCUCGAGAUAUCUCAGAGCCCCUGCUGGGAUGUGAUGGUGUCGGCUUGAGGUGAAUGAGCCACUGGCUAUGGGCCAGAGUCCUUGGGGUGGGUGGGGGGGGGGGGGAGGGUGGGGGGACGGGGUGAGUGUACCUUGUAGUUGGUGCCACACCCAACAGGAGGUGGUCUGAGUGACCAGCUGCUCGCAGUGAGAGCAGCAGUCAGGUUGAAGUUGGGUGGUGUGCCCAGUGUUACAACGACUUUCCCACUCACGUACAUGUAGUGUGGGUGGCAAGGUUGGAACCACAAAUGAAGUAAUUUUGUUUCUGUGUUCCAAGUUUUUUUUUAUUUCGCCCACUGUGCAUCUUGGACAGUUUGAAGGAUGUUUGAGCCUGCUCUAUGGUGUUGGUUUGGAUCUGUUUCGUACACUGGUUGUUUAACACUUGGAAACCCAGAUGUCGUCUAAGCUGAAGGGUUCCUGUCUCCAACUGUCUUGUGUAUGAGAUCCCAAACUAUUGUUUGUCCUUUAGUUUUGUUUUUCUAUUUUUUUUAUUUUGUUUCUUUUGGUUGAUGUGCAAUAUGUUUUUUUGUAUGCAAGUAGUUACACAAUAAAGUUUGA